GGAGCUUCACGCGUGCCGACAGCGGCGAUCUCCACCUCGGGGCGACCUUAUUUGCUGCCGUAGGUAGCGCGGCGAUGACGUUCGCGGUCGACCGUCAGCGAGCGCGAGACGCGGCGGGGUUUUGGCAGCCCGCAGAGAAUGCAACCUCUCCCUGUUUUGCGCCCGUGCGCGCGUUGCACAAUGCCGCUAGCGUUGGCGGCGCAGACAAUGCACGCAGCGGCCCCCGGCCAGGCACUCCCGCAGUCUUGCGCUGACGUCGUGUCUCGGGUUAAAACCCUACUGCGUCGUCGCUCGUUGCGCAAGGAGAGCGUGCCCUCCAGUGUUUGCACGCGCUCACCGGGCGAACUCCGUCAUCGCCAAUGUGUAGUUGCUCGCCCAGCUGGACACUGGCGAUGUUGUUGUGACCGGAGCCUAUCUCGGUGGCCUCCGCGUGAGCAAGCGCUGCGCAGUUGGCCGCACUGUGCUCAGCGGUUCCUGGAACGCUGCCACUCGACGCUUGCUCAAAGUCCCGCCGUGUUCGCGCUAGUAGGGAUGCGUGCAUACUCUCAAGACGAGCUGUGCAUCUCGCUUCCCUGAUACGACACAGAAUGGAACUUUUCUCUAACGCCCGUGGACGGUACGAUAGGCUCGACGCCGGCCGGGACGCCGUUUGCUGCGCCGAGCCGACGCCCGAACCCCGCUUGCCGGGACUGUGCCCCGAGCAGCCCCUGAAGGUGGUCCUGGUUGGAGACACCAGGUGCGGAAAGACUGCACUGGCCAACCGCUUCGUGAGCGACGCCUUUACAACGGACUACACGCCCACUGGCUUUGACCGCUACACGACUUCCGACGAAGCCGCGGGACAGAAAUUUCACUUCUCCGUCUGGGACACGUCUGGGUCCGCAGCGUACGACACCGUGCGGCCACUCUCAUACCAGGACGCCAGCGUGGUGCUCCUGUGCUUCAACGUCGGUGUGCCGGAGUCCCUGCACAACGUCAUUCACAAGUGGCAGCCCGAGGUCCGGCUGCAUUGUCCGGGCGCGUCCCUGCUGCUCAUUGGCUGUCAGAGCGAUGCCCGGAUGACCCAGCGAGGAGGCUGCGUGAGCGCCGACGAGGCGUUGACGUGGGCCUCGCGGUUGGGUGCAGUGGCAUACGUGGAGACGAGCGCCCGGGCCGCGCCUCGAAGCGUCCGCGACGCCUGGAAGGCGGCCGCGCGGGCCGCGCUCGGACCCGCACACCCAGACGCCAAGGGCAGCCGCGACGUUUCGCCCUCUCGUCACAAGGCGUGCAUCUUGAUGUGAAACAUGGAGUGACUUGAAAGACCUGCCCUGUUCGGCUAGCUGUGCGCGGACAUGACGAGUGGCAACACAGCGUGCGUUUAAUGUCCUCUCAGGACACCAUGCGAUCCUCGUACGUGUUGCACGAGGGACGUGGUGUUUCGUUCGUCGCUGUUUUGACGCAAGCGCAGCGCUCCCGAAGAUGACAGUCGUGUAGGGACUGAUUCUACUCCGGCCGCUGUCAUCCACAAGUGCUGCGAUACAGCCUCGUACUGCACGGCGCUCCGUGCGUUCAGCCUUCCUUAAACUCAAAAUCAUGGCAAUGCUGCUUCUUCUGCAACACGCAAGUGACCGUCGAAGACAUCUUUGACAGUGAGUCCAUGUCGACGAUGGAUAUGGCAACGCCUUGUGAACUGUGCGUUUCAUCCGAGUACACGUGCACAAGCUCUUAGAGCCGUGGUUGUGAACCGCUAACAUCGGCGGCGUGGCGGUAGUGUUGUGCUAUGGGAAGUACACCCGUGUGGUCGUUUUUUCGUGCUCGGUUGGCCGUUGCAGCUUGUCUCGACAAUGUGACUUUGUGCCGAACAACUGACUCAGAGUGCACUAAGUUCGCAGCACCGAUGACGUCAAUCUUCAAGGUGUUGAUCGGGGCUAAAUGUCCUAUACUAGUCAAGAGAACGAGAGAGACUCUGAUACAUCUUGGUCGCCGCCUGUUGUAUGAAUAUUUUCCUUAGUGCCUGACUUUAGCCUUGUCAUCUCGUUCACCAUAGUACAAGUUUUAAAUAAAUGUGCCUUAUGCCUCUGAAACUUG